UUAUUCUUCAAUAAUAAAGCCGCCUGAAAGAGAGAGAGACGACGGCAACAAGCAAAGCACGAAGUCAUUUUCUUAUUACUCCUGCUCCACGCUUCUUCAUCUUCAUUCUCUCUAAAGAUCCCUUCAGAUUCCCAUGACCACCGUCUCCACCCCUUCUCCUCCCUGGCUAAAUCCCGAUUCUACCCCUGCAUCAGAUUCCGCCUCUACUUCUCCCUCGCACCACCGCGAUCGCGGAGACGACGCCGAGUCCCUCGACUCCUUCUCCUCCAUGACUCUCAACUCCGAAGAGUUCAAUCUAAAUCCCAACCCGAACCUCAAUAUCCAAACGCAUACAACAUCUCCCUCGGCGACGACGCCUCCUCCGUCGCUGCUCCACCUCUCCUUCAACCAAGACCACGCCUGCUUCGCCGUCGGCACCGACCGCGGCUUCCUGAUCCUCAACUGCGACCCGUUCCGCGAGAUCUUCCGGCGCGAUUUCGACCGCGGGGUCGCCGUCGUGGAGAUGCUCUUCCGAUGCAACAUACUCGCCCUCGUCGGCGGAGGACCCGAUCCGCAGUACCCUCCCAACAAGGUCAUGAUAUGGGACGACCACCAGGGCCGGUGCAUCGGCGAGCUCUCCUUCAGGUCCGACGUUCGAUCCGUCAGGCUCAGGAGGGAUCGGAUCGUCGUCGUCCUCGAGCAGAAGAUCUUCGUUUACAACUUCGUGGACCUCAAGCUGAUGCAUCAGAUCGAGACCUUCGCGAACCCUAAGGGGCUGUGCGCUGUUUCUCAGGGUGCUGGCUCUAUGGUGUUGGUCUGCCCUGGCUUGCAGAAAGGGCAAGUUAGGAUCGAGCACUAUGCCUCUAAACGGACUAAGUUCGUCAUGGCUCAUGACUCGAGGAUAGCUUGCUUCGCUCUCACUCAGGAUGGGAGCUUGUUGGCCACGGCUAGCUCCAAGGGCACUCUGGUUCGGAUCUUUAAUACUGUCGAUGGCACCUUGCGCCAAGAGGUUAGGAGGGGUGCAGAUAGAGCAGAGAUAUAUAGUUUGGCUUUCUCUUCAAAUGCUGAGUGGUUGGCUGUCUCGAGUGAUAAAGGGACUGUCCAUGUCUUUGGUCUCAAAGUCAACUCCGGCGUGAAAGACACUCCCACCCGAAUUGCAUCUAAUGUUACUCGUCCUACCUCCCCGUCCUCGUCUCUGUCGUUAUUCAAAGGAGUGUUGCCCAAGUAUUUCAGCUCGGAGUGGUCGGUGGCUCAGUUCAGGUUGGUGGAAGGAACUCAGUACAUAGUCGCCUUUGGUCAUCAGAAGAACACUGUUGUUAUUCUUGGCAUGGAUGGGAGCUUCUACAGAUGUCAGUUUGAUCCGGUGAAUGGGGGAGAAAUGGCUCAGCUUGAGUAUCACAACUGUCUAAAACCGCCGUCUGUUUUCUAGUUGCAUCUAUCUUUAUCUCUGCUACUUGAGUGGUGAGAUUUGGUGUAACCAUAUGGUGGUGUUAAUGUAUAGUUUUUGUGUAUAAUAACAACGAAUGGUUUGUAUAAUUUGUAAAACCUUUGAUCGUUAAUCAAAAGUCAAAACUGAUGCAAGGCUCUUCAAUU